UAAGUAAAAUUAACAGUGAAUACAUAAUCCACUUUCACUCCAUAACGAAUCAGUGGGUCUCCGAAAUUCUGAAUGGUGGCGCCCGCAUCGCCCGGUGUGAAUGAACUCUGAGAGAAAAUCGGAACUAUAGGAAAAGUAAUCCGUCAAUCUCUUUAUUUUUCUUUGCAUGUCUAAACAAUGCAUCUAAAAUAUUGAUGGACAUUAUUUUCUGUCAUUCGUGUAAGAGGAGGUAGAACAGUUUCGAAACAACCUGCGCUCAAGCUCCAAAAAAUCCGGAAAUCCUACUCUCUUGUCAGAAUUCUUUGUAAAGGGUACUUAAUUCGGACAGAAAGCUCCGCCCACUACUUGAGCUUUAUGCAAGGGAAUAAAGACUUUGAUGAAAAUCCUGAAAUUUUUACAUUUAGAUCUUCGACUGUUAGAGAGGAACGUAGGAUGUCUGACUUUGAUUUGUGGGACAUGCUUCUGUUUGGUGCACGUAGGCCUAAAAUCAAAACGCCACCUGUUGUUGUGCCCUUUAGAAAAGAAAGGCGCCAUCUCACUCCUAUGAUGGAAAAAUAUGAAAAGUUGGCGAAGAUUGGUGAAGGUUCCUAUGGAGUCGUUUUUAAAUGCAGAAACAGAGAAAAUGGCCAAAUCAUUGCAGUGAAAAAAUACGUCGAGACAGAGGACGAUCCAUUAAUCAAGAAAAUUGCCCUACGUGAAAUACGAAUGUUAAAGCAACUGAAGCAUCCAAAUCUUGUAAAUUUAAUUGAAGUCUUCCGAAGAAAACGCAAGCUCCAUUUGGUAUUCGAGUACUGCGAGCAUACAGUUUUAGAUAUAUUAGAGAAACAUCCCAAAGGAGUUCCAGACAACUUAACAAAGAGAAUCAUUUGGCAGACAUUACAGGCCGUUAACUUUUGUCACGAACAUAAUUGUAUUCAUAGAGAUGUCAAACCUGAAAAUAUCCUUAUAACCAAAGAUGGAAUUGUAAAAUUAUGCGACUUUGGUUUUGCCAGGACAUUAAGUCCAGGUGAAAAUUAUACGGAUUAUGUUGCAACAAGAUGGUAUCGAGCUCCAGAGCUUUUAGUGGGAGAAACCCAAUACGGUCCAGCAGUUGAUGUAUGGGCCAUCGGUUGUGUAACUGCAGAGCUUAUGAGAGGAGAAGCCCUUUGGCCUGGAAAAUCAGAUGUUGACCAAUUGUAUCUCAUUCGGAAAACUUUAGGUGAUUUAAUACCAAGGCAUAUGCAAGUAUUCCGAUCAAACGAUUUUUUCGCAGGUGUGACGAUUCCAGAAACAGAUGUCAGGGAGGGCUUAGAGACGAAGAUUCCAAAACAUGUGCAUGAGCAUGGACUAGAUUUUGUUCAGCGAUGUCUCGAUAAAGACCCUCAGAAAAGGUACACAUGCGCUCAACUUUUGAAGCAUCCGUACUUCGAUAAUUUCAAAAUGCCCGAACUAGACAGUUCAGAUGAAGCACAGAGAUACAAAAGGGAAAAAUCAAAGUAUAAUCAGUACCAGUCUCUUUUGCUGCCUCAGCUACCAAAUCAAACAAACUCUUUAUCUUCACCCGAGUCCAAAAAUAAUUCAUUGUCACGAAAUACGAACAGAUUUGACCAUCUACCAAAUAUUUGACGGUAUGGGCCCGGGGACUAUCCCUCCUUUCAAGGCAGCAAUACCUUAUCCUUCCACUACUAUUUCAAGUGAUGAAGACCAGCGUCUCCAGGAAAGUGACAAAAACUGUGAUUUUCACAACCAAUAUCACGACAAAUUUCCAUGACAGGACAUUUUAUCAUGCACUACGAAAUUAAUUUAUGCUUUGUGUAUUUUUAUGUAAAUAAAUAAAUACGCGUUCUACAAAUUAAA